CGCAGAACCAAAUAAAUCCGCAGAACACUACUCGACUUCAAGUUGAAUCAGAGUCAUCUGCAAGCUCAGUUCAACAUACGAAACCCUUGAUCGCACUUUGAGUUUCUCACCAAUAACCCCGACAAUCCAACACACAGGCCCGGAUCGCAACGCCAUGGCACCCGGCAUCAGCCUGGACGACCGUAGUGCGUGGGACGACUCAGCUCUGAUAAACUCAUGGGACGAUGCCGUAGCAGAAUAUCAGCAUCUCCAAGUCAGGCAAGCGGCUAGAGGAUUUGUUGACAGAGGAAGAGCUGAAGAAAGUGCGAAGGUAAAGCGUCCACCGUAUAGUCAAACAUCGACUAAUCAACAUAGUGACAACGGAGAUGUCUUGGACGAGACUGGGGACGGCGCAGAUCCGCGCACCGACGCGGAUGCCACUGAUUCCGCACUGCCACAAGUGCAGGCCAAUGGUGUAGGACAAGGUGGAGCGGAUGCGGCGCAUGUGAAGGAUGGAGCAGCACCCGUUGCCCAAGGAAGCGCACAAGCGUCAGGAACAGAGCUGCUGCAUGAUGGACCAAUUUCAGCUUCGAUGCCGCAGGCUCUUCUCGGAUCAGUGCAAGACGAGAACAUGAAAAACCUGAUGAUGUCCUGGUACUAUGCCGGGUACUAUACUGGGCUGGUCGCUGGGCAGCAGCAACGUGCGCCCGAUAGCGCAGCGCAGCAGACCCAGAAGUAA